AUGGAGAGCUGGAGGCCUGGCAUGCCGGGGCCCACGCUCUUCCUGCUACUGGUGCUGCCACCUCCGCUGCUGAGCUUGGGGAGCUUCCAGCACAGUGGUCCAGGCUGGAAAGACCUCCACCACCUUGGUUUGGACUGGGGGAAGCUCUAUCGCCACCUCAUCCAGAACUCGAAAAGCUUCCAGCACCUUCAGGGCCCCCGCACCUGGCACCGGAAGAGCCGGUCAGGAGAAGACAAGAAUUCCUGCCAGAGCUCAUUUGAUCUCUACUUCAUCUUGGACAUGUCAGGAAGUGUGAACAACAACUGGAUGAACAUUUAUUCCUUUGUGGAGGAUUUGGUCAAGAAGUUUGAAAACCCUAACCUGCGGAUGUCCUUCAUCACCUUCUCCACAGAGGGUCACACCAUCAUGAAGCUUACUUCAGACAGAAAUGAAGUUCAUGAUGGUCUUAUCAGACUUCAGAAUAUAGUGCCUACAGGAGACACAUACAUGCAGGAAGGAUUUAAAAAGGCAAUUGAGCAAAUUGAACAAGCUCACUCAGGAGAAAGCAAGGUUCAUUCCAUGAUUAUCUGUCUGACUGAUGGAACUCUGGAGGAACUGCCACUAAAAGAAACUAUAAAAGAAGCUGACAAGGCUCGGAAAAUGGGAGCAACAGUAUACUGCGUGGGGGUAAAAAACUUUAAGGAAAAUCAGUUAAUGGAAAUUGCAGACAGUCCAUAUCACGUGUUUGCAGUGGACCAUGGAUUCAAAGCUCUUAAAAACAUCGUUGAUCCACUCGAAAGUAAGUCCUGUAUUGAAAUUACUUCUGUGGAGCCUUCUGAUAUCUGUGUAGGAGAUGAAUAUGAAUUGAUGAUUUCUGGAAAAGGUUUUAAUAAUGCAAAGAGUGAGGAUGACGUUAUUUGUAGAUUUAAAUUCAAAGACAAGCAAAUUGAUGAAAAAGCCAACUCUGUGAAAGAUACCAGUAUGAUAUGCCCAGGAAUAAAGAUAGAGAAUCCAGAUGAGACUUUCUCCCUUGAAAUUAGCCUGAACAAUGGUAUCAGCUUCAUCAACAAUGAUGUUAGCCUCACCAGCAAGGACUGUGCGAGUACCAGGGCAAGGGGGCCAGCUGAAGCAACAACUACCCCACCAGCUCCCUCACCAGCUGCCCAGCCGCCUCCAGAGACACCACCCAAACCGCCCGCACCCCCCGCACAAGUCAUCCCCUAUGUCAACCCUCUCUACUUCUUUGCACUCAUCCCAGCCCUGCUCCUACUGUCUCUGAUGUUCUGGUGCAUCUGGUGGCUCUGCCACAGGAGGCCUGUCAAGGAGCCACCACCAGUGCUGAAUCCAGAAAGGGAGCCAGAGGAGACAUGCCAAAUGCCAUGCCCCACAGUGAUUGUCCCUUGUGGGUGCCAAGGAGGGGGAAUGAAACGAAUGGAGGGAAAACUGGAUAGCUUGUGUGAAUUUGUUCAGCGCUGCAAUCAGAUGUCAGUAAUGUGGUGCCCAACCAGAAACAUGGGAAAAUGUGUCAAUUUUGCCCUAAUGAGGCCCCACUGUGCGCCACUGCAUUGCAGCCCUAAGGUCUGCGCUCAACCCAGCCGGGAGUGCUUUACCCUCAACAACUGCUGCUCACGGUACCAACACUCCCCAACCAUGUGCUCCAGGCCUCCCUCCAGAAUGCAGGCGUUCAUCUCUACCCCUACCCGGACAGUCAACAGAGCCACUUUGUCACUCCAGCCCCCAUAG